UUUUUGAGAAGAUGCUUACGCUUUUAUAUAUCGGUCGCCGAAUUUUUGUUGAGUCUUCUAACGCAGACUGCUCCGAAUAAUUUUCUUCCCGAGCUUCUGUUGCCUCAAGAAGUUAUGUGCAAAUUCACCGCAUUACCAGAAUGGUACAUGGAAGACAUAGUGGAAUUCUUGUUAUUCACAUUCGAAUUCUGUCCAACGUUUGAUAUAGAUAUAGAUAUAUCGCCGCUUAUCACUUUGUUACUCGUCGUCGUGUGUACGCCACAUUGUAUACGAAAUCCGCAUCUUAUUGCAAAAAUCAUCAAGGUUCUUUAUAAGGUUCAGGUAGGAGUUUGUACACGAGGAACAGAAACUUUUGGCCACAAAUUCAUGGCACAUCCUAUAUCCAAGACAUUUCUGGCGUCGUAUCUCAUGAAGUUUUAUACCGACGUUGAAAUCAUUAACAUUAAUUCCGAAUUUGAGAUGAAGUUUACAGUAUGUUAUCACAUAAGUGUGAUCUUAAAUUCGUUGUGGCAUAGCCCGAUGCAUCGAGCGUCUAUUAUCAAUGAGAGUAAUAACGGCAAGCAUUUUGUCAAGUUUAUCAAUAUAUUGAUGAAUGACAUCACCUUCGUGGUCGAGAAGGUUCUGGAAGAUCUGAAGUAUAUACUCGAGUUGGAGGAAUUUACUAUCGCAUGGAAUGCUAUUUCGCAGGAACAACAACAAUCGAUAACGACACAGCUGGUGAAGAGCGAGGAAAAAGUCAGAUCCUUUCUUAAAUUACGCACAGCGAGAGCUACGAAACUCUCAAUUUCCGUCGUAGUUUUAAUGCCGGAUCUCUCUAAUUCAUUCGCAGCGUCGGUGAAUAACUUGUUACAAAACAAAAGCUGCAAAUAUGAAGAUAUAUAUUAUAUAUUCAUUUUUGCAGCUUUUGUUUUGUAA